AUGGCUGACAAGAGGGAGCGAGAGAGAAAGACCAAUUUCCAGACUCGUAUUAACGGCUGCAUGCGUCAGAUGGCUGAGAUCCUCUACCAGAUCAAAGGCCCACCCAACCACAACACCGCAGAGGCAGAUGCUGACGCCAUACUGAGGCCCCUCAUGGAGUUCCUGGAUGGGAAUCUCAGUAUCUUUGCGGACAUCUGUGAGAAGACGGUGCUGAAGAGGAUCCUGAAGGAUUUGUGGAGGAUUGUCCUGAGCAGCCUGGAGAAGACCAUCGUCCUGCCUCAGAGCAACGACAGCCUGGGGGCCCAGCUCCUCACAGCAGCUAAAGGACUGUCUAAUCUCAAGGGAGGUGGUGAGGCCAAAACCUUGACGCCCAAACAGUGUAUAAUAAUCGAUGCAGGGCUGGAGACGAUCAAGCAAUACUUCCAUGCAGGAGGAAACGGGCUGAAGAAGGCGUUUGUGGAGAAAAGUCCUGAACUGGCUUCACUGCGUUACGCCCUCUCCCUCUACUCCCAGAGCACUGAUGCUUUCAUCAAGACCUUUGUCACCACACAACACUCCCAAGUUGAUGAAAGUGAGGUUGUGCGUGCCGAGUUUCCAGUUGGUGUCGGAGUCCACACAUCCUGGAAGACACAUCCUGAAGUUUUUUCAGUGUUGAAUGAGAGUGCAGGAGGCGGCAGCUACGGAACGUCAAUGUACGUCUACUAA